AAUGGAUUUAGAUGAAACUGAUAGUACAAUGGCUGUUGGCUCUGUAAGCGAUAAAGGCACGUUUAAUGAAGAAGAAGACGAAGAAAACGAGUUGAAUAAAAUGUAUCAUUAUUCUAAUGGUACAACUUUGGAAACUAUCUAUCACUCUCAAGAUAGAUUAAAUACAAAGAAUUAUGAAAAUGAUUUAAAAUUUAUUCGAUCAGAUUUUACGAAAUCCUUACCUGAACUCAGAAUAAGCGAUGAAAAUGGCGAAAGUAAAUGGCAACCAGAUUCUUUAGCUAAGCAACAAGCCAUUUCGACGCCUUCUCUGACAACUAAUAAGAAAAAGAUGUAUGAGACGUACGGAUGGCCAAGUGCUAGUGAUGUCUCUAAAUCAUUCGAUUCGGCUACGUACAUCAGUUAUGCUCAGGAAAUAUUACAAUCUACACACGUUUCUCCGGAAUACGAGUCAAUAAGGCGGCGCUACCAAUUAAUGGAAAAGGCAGCGUCUAUGGAACAACUACUUUUGGAGAAGAGCGACGAUUUCCUGGAAAAGAUUGAUGAAUAUGACGAAACUCCCGAAAGCGUUUCUCUUAAGAAGCUCGAAUAUCGCAAUGAAUUAGAGGCACUUAAGAAAAAUUUAAAAGAAGGACACAAUCUUCUUGAUAAGAAGGCUCUUAACGGUUUUUCCUUGUCAAGUCCAACAGGUCGUGUGGAAAACUUGAAGAACAUAUACGAAAAUGGAAAAUUCACAAUGAAUGAAAUCGUUAAGUAUCCUUCUAUUGGCAUAGAAUCGUUUUUAAAGGGGCGAAACUUUGAUAAAUUGGCCUUACACGGGACUAAUAUUAAUGAGAAGCAAACAGGAUAUGAUGCUUAUGUGCAAAAAGUUAAGGAUAGGCACAAAAAAAUUGGUCAACUUUCGAGAGAGUGGAUACACUCUGAAGAAAUGUUAGUAUCAGGUCCACCACAAACCGAAGGGUAUAGCUUAUCCCCAGCUCCACCAGAAGUAAAGAGAACUAGAGUACCAACUCUUGAGAUAAAUGCCGAUUCUAACCCGUUAACAGUGGAACAAUUGCGAAAGUACGGUAGAUAUCACCCGAAAAAUAGAAAGGCUGACCGCACCGAAGAUAUUCCUUGGCGAACGUCGUCGCCAAUAAAUGUUCAAUCGAAAGUAGUUGAUAAUAUCGGAAUUAAGGGAUCAGAUGAACGAAACGUCAAGAGUUCGUUUAUCAAGCCAUCUGAAACGUAUGAUCAAUUUGAGAAUAGAAAGACUAAACAUGAUUUCAUUGAUAAGUCUUCCAGUGGGAUAAACGCUAAUGCAAAUUUGAGAGAAAAAUCGAACAAUUAUAGGCCUAGAUCAUCUAGAAAAGACUCCAAACCUCAAACAGGAGCGAUAGCUGCAGCAUUAGGUAAGCUUAAGGAAGCUCAGUUAGAGGUAGAAGAAGAGUUCGAUAAAUUAAUAAAGAAAAAGCCGAAUGGUAAAAAUAAUUCUGAAGAACCGCCAAUACCAUCAACGGAACCACCCAAAGUCAAAUAUAUUGAUACUGAAUUGGAUUUUGAGGAUGUAUAUAAAUCAAAUAUAUCGUAUAGCGAAGUUGAAAGUGAUAAUCAGUCAGGUGAAGAGUUUAAAGGGAACAAACCGGAACAAAGAUCUAAAAAAAGUCCUCAUUCUGCGAAAUUGAAUCCAAAUUCAGACCAGUCGUCCAAACAUUAUAAUGGCAGAUAUAGAUAUUCCCCUGUUUCAGGGAUAACUUCUGAACCUAUACACGCAGAAGAUAAAAUUGGAAAAUCUUAUAUUCCAACAAACGACGACAAGAUCUUAAUCAGAAACAGAUAUAGUGAACAAAGAAGUGUACCUGGAACUGUUUCUAAUAGACUAUCUCCAAGAACAAAGGAAGAAGAUUCAUCCAUGAACCCUGCCCUAAAGCCACGAGAGGGUUCGCCAGACAGGUCGCAGAUGAAACAUAUUACCCCUAUGCCUUACAAAUCAUUUACUCAAUCAACACCAGACUUGUAUUCUUCAGAAAGGUCACCCGAUAAUCAGUCUAAGACCUACGCUUCCAUAAAGAAUUUAAAGACACAAAAUACCAGCCUUGCCAAUAGGUCUCGGACAGUCAGUCCACGAGACCGAUCAAAAGAUUUCAGGUGUGGUUUUGUACAUUCAGAAAUUCGCCGAGUUCCAACUGAGAACGAAAUGAUGCAGCAAGUUGAUAUGAUUGGCAAAGAGUGGAAAGGUGGAAUUAGGACAGCUGGACUGACCCCAAAGGUUCAACAGCCUCAACAAACCAUUCGUGUUGUUAAAGAGAAUUUUCAGUACAAAACGUUUCCUGCUAAAAGUGGAAAUAACAGCGUUCCUUUCAAACAAGCCACAAAAUCUACUUACAACUCAGAUCACAACAUUCGGGAAACGGUGAGAGUAGCAGAAAGAGGGACUCAUUAUGAUACUAUAGACUCACAUUUGGCGAAAAACCAGACUACAUCUUCUAUUUAUUCAUCAAAGCAUGACUGGCAAAACGUCAAACCGUCUGUUACGCAUGCAAAAGCCAAAUACAAUUUUUUGGGACAGAAUCAUAUGGAAUUAAGUUUUAAGCGUGGGGACGUUAUUAGAAUAAUACAAGAUAUGAAUCACAAUUGGACGGAGGGAGAAUUAGACGGUCGAGUGGGAGUUUUUCCAUCGAAUUAUGUAGAAAAACUUGAGAGGCCACAGGAACCCUUUCCAAUUGAGGGAGAAGGAGUUGCAAAAUUUAAUUUUCAACCACAAAGUAGUGUUGAACUUGGUCUCAAAAAAGGAGAAGUUGUAAAAUUAUGUAGGAGAGUUGAUAUCAAUUGGUGGGAGGGCAGGAAUGGCAAUAGAGUGGGAAUUUUUCCUUGUUCUUAUGUUCAAGUGAUUGUUGAACCUCGUUAUCCACCGCUUUCUCGAUCUUCGGUCGGUUCUCAGACACCUCCUAUGCAUUUAGUAGACACUCAAGGCGAGUUUUACCGAGAAGCAACCGGAAGAAGCACAUUACCGGCAACUAACGAAUCUUAUUCAUCCUCGCGACCAAACGACGCUUCAGAUUUCAAAUUAUAUAAGUCCUUGUAUCGUUACAUACCGCAAAAUGCAGACGAAUUGGAAAUGUACGAAGGUGAUAUAGUUUUUGUCUACGAAAAGUGUCAUGACGGAUGGAUGAUCGGGGAGAGUUUAAGAUCAAGGAAAUUUGGUACUUUUCCAGGAAAUUAUGUGAAACCGAUAUAUUAAAACAAGAAGUAGAAUAACUGUUACAUAUUUCCUGUACCAUUGUUUAGCUACUUAAUUAUCAUGGUGAUAUUGGAAUUGGCAGACAGCAGUAACGGUGCAAUUAUAAUAUAUUUCGAUCUUCUCUUUACAUGGCUGUCUAGAUAUUGAAAAUUUAAUACAUUUUGCGCAAG